AUCAUCCAGAGCUUGUGGACGAAGUUUAAAAAAAACACCAAUUGGAACACCCAUUGCAAUCAUUUUGCCAAUGAGCCAGUUAAUUUACGAACGCAACGUGUUAAUGAAAACUAAAAAAGAUGCUAUCACAAUUUAUUUAGAAGUGAUACAGCGUUGGUUUCAAAAUAAUCAUCCUGGCAAGAUUCUCCAGAAGACAUUGGAGCAUGAAGCCAUACAACGCUGGGGGAAAUGGGCUGAUGAUAAGCGUUUUACUUUUAUCCGUCUUAUGGAUCAACAUAAUGCCGAAAUUGAAAUCAAAAUAAAGAAAAUUGAUGAAGACAUCACAAAGCUAAGGGAGGGUGCUCGGGUUUCGGCAGGCUUUCCGCGGCAGAUACCCAAAAAAGAAAUGGACAAGGUGCCAGAUAAAAAAAUCACAUUCAACCCUGUAACUUGGAUGGAAUUAUCUGCUCACCACAAAUCAUAUCAAAAUUCCAUGAAUGUUGAAUGGCUUCAAAAUACGAGCGAAGAAAAAGAAAGCAAAUUGGCGAAAUGGCAUUCUUUAAGUGUUGAAAAAAGAUCAGAUUUCAUUAAGAUGGCAACAAAGGAUUUUUUUACUUUCAAGAAACAAUGCCCUUUUCUUGGUAAAUUUUUUUAUGUUUGUACAUUUUUUAAAUAAUUUUACAUAAUUUUUAUGAUGAAUUAUUAUAUCCUAGUUUCUGAUACCGUCACUGAAGACAUCGUACUAAAGAAUUUGAAUC